AUGGCGAACACAAUGCGCCUACUGGUGGCGGCCGUCUUCUCGCUUCUCAUCUCACUGUCCCACACCGCUCCAACGAGUGCCAUUACGCCGACUGCCACGCUCGACUCAGGCCCAGUGGUGGGAACGACCACAUCACUCAGCGGUGCAAGUGUCGUCGUCACCAAGUAUCUGGGAAUCCCUUUCGCGGCAUCGCCUACCCGAUUCGCACCAGCAGCACGCCCGACCUCAUGGCAGAAACCGCUCAACGCGACUAAAUACGGCCCAGCUUGCGUCCAGCAGUUCAAUUAUCCGGAAGCGGCUCGUAAUCGGACUAUUGCCUUCUUCAAUACUCCUCCGCCGUCGGGUGGGGAGAGCGAGGACUGUCUCAAUUUGAAUGUUUAUGUUCCUGGCUCCUCGGGGAAGAACAAGACUGUCAUGGUUUGGAUUUAUGUGAGAGCUGGCCUUGUACAAUUCCUCCUCGGCAUGGCAUCACUGACAUCGUUCGGGAUAGGGUGGUUCCCUGACAUUCGAACCAAUGUCUUUGGAUUCCCCAACUCUCCAGAGCUUGAGUUGACGAAGAGAAAUCUCGGAUACCUCGAUCAACGCUUCGCACUCGACUGGGUCCAACGCAACAUUGCUGCCUUUGGCGGCGAUCCAAAGAAGGUCACCAUUUUCGGAGAAAGUGCCGGUGCCGCCAGCGUCGACUCACUCGUGACAACCUAUCCGAAGAACCCACCAUUCCGUGCUGCAAUCAUGCAGUCCGGCCAGACAACACUCUACACAAACACAGCAAAUAACGCACCGAGAUCAUGGCUCGCCCUGGCAGCAGCAUUGAACUGCACAUCGUCUCACCCAAAGAGCAAUCUAACAUGUAUCCGCUCCUUCCCAGCCAGUGUGAUCAAGUCGACCAUUGAACACCUUGCCCUGCCAUUCACGCCCGUCAGCGACAACACCACCAAUCUCCGGUACCCGGCAGCCGCACGCGUUAAUGGAUCCGUUGCCCCCGUUCCAAUCCUAACCGGCAGCAACGCAGACGAAGGCAGCAUCUUCGUCGGCGCCUCUGGUAACAACGCAACAGCAUACCUUUCAGCGUUGAUCCCGAACCAACCGGCCCUAGUCGCGACCAUUCUAGCCGCCUACCCCAACACAACGACCCAACUCUCCGACAUCCUCACGGAAUCCAUCUUCCAAUGCCCAGCCGGAAUCGCCGCCAACGACACGGUGACCGGCGGCAACAAAGCAUGGCGCUACUACUUUAACGCGACGUUUGCGAACACGCAGCUCGCGCCCGGUCUAGGCGUCUACCACGCCAGCGAAAUUCCCAUCGUCUGGGGCACGUACCCGCGCGUUAACGCCACUGAAGGCGAGGCGCGACUCAGUGCCGCAAUGCAGGCUUCUUGGGCUGGCUUUGCGAAGAACCCAAACCAGACUCAAGCUGGUGUUGGAGGGCCUGGGUUUGCGGGUGUGCCGACCGUGGGUGUUUGGGGGAAUGGCGUGGGUGUUAAGGGUGAUGGGUCUGGGAGAUUGAAUUCCUCGAUCUCCAGUGGAGUGCUCGAUCGCAGGUGUGCGCUGUAUCGGCCUUUGUAUGUUGCGCAAGGCCUGGCCACGAGUUCUUCUGGAGGUGGUCAGUAA